CCAGACGUGCCGGCAGUCACAGGGUAGCGCACGUCGCUCCCGUCCACCCACUCGCCCGCAUUUAACCCGGCCCGCCGCCGCCCGCCGCUCCUCAGCCCGAGCGGCGCGGACGCGGCAUGAGCAGCCCGCCCUGAGCGCCGCCCGCCCGCCCCGCGCUCCGCUCCUCAGCGCUCCGCACCCCACCGCCAUGGAGCGGAUCCCCAGCGCGCAGCCCCCGCCCGUCUGCCUGGGCAAGCUGCCCGCCCUGGAGAGCGGCGACGUGCCGGGGCUGGACUUCGCGCACAUGUACCAAGUUUACAAGCCCAGGAGGGGGUUAAAGAGGAGCGAGGACAAUAAGGAGACCUACAAGUUGCCUCACAGGCUGAUAGAGAAGAAGAGGCGCGACAGGAUCAACGAGUGCAUCGCCCAGCUGAAGGACCUGCUGCCGGAGCACCUCAAGCUGACGACUCUAGGUCACUUGGAGAAGGCUGUGGUUCUCGAGCUCACCUUGAAGCAUGUGAAAGCACUAACCAAUCUCAUUGAGCAGCAGCAGCAGAAAAUAAUUGCUUUGCAGAAUGGUUUACAAGCGGGUGACCUGUCAUCAAGAAACCUUGAUUCCAGCCAGGAAAUGUUUCGAUCCGGUUUCCAGAUGUGUGCCAAGGAAAUGCUGCAAUACCUGGCAAAGCACGAGAACGGCAAGGACCUGAAGUCGUCCCAGCUGGUCAGCCAUCUGCACCGAAUGGCCUCCGAGGUGCUCCAGGGCGGAGCCGGCCGCAUGGCCGGAGACAUCCCUCCUAAAAUGGUGGACUUGAAAGAGAAACCCGUCUCCUUGACCAAAGCAGCGGAGGGACACGGGAAAAACUGCGUGCCUGUGAUCCAGAGGACAUUCGCUCACUCCAGCGGGGAGCAGAGCGGCAGCGACACAGACACGGACAGCGGGUACGGGGGAGAGCUGGAGAAAAGUGACUCCAAAUCCGAACAGCAGUAUUUCAAAAAGGAUACCGAACUCAAGUACGCUGUCCAGGAGAGAAUAAGCUCUAUUAAGCAAGAGACUGAGGACCCACCGGCCAAAAGGAGCAGGCUGGAGUCGCCGGAGGACGAGGGCCCUUUUGGCAGCGACAUGAUGGGUGCUUCCAGCAGCUUCCUGGGCCCCCACGCUCACCAGCCUCCCUUGUGCCUGCCUUUCUAUUUGAUCCCACCCUCCGCAACAGCCUACCUGCCCAUGCUGGAGAAGUGCUGGUACCCGGCGUCCGUACCUGUCCUGUACCCCAGCCUCCCAGCCUCUGCCGCAGCACUGACGGGGUUCAUGAACCCCGAUAAAAUCUCCCCGCCUCUGCUGAUGCCCCAGAGACUCCCUUCUCCUGUACCGGCCCAUUCCCCUAUCGACUCCUCAGCUCUGCUUCAAGCUUUGAAGCAGAUUCCUCCUUUGAACUUGGAAACCAAAGACUAAGUGCAGUGUGACUUUUUUUUUCUUUUUUUUUCUUUUUUUUUUUUUCCCCAGUUUGAGACUGUUUCACUUUUAUAUAUUGUCUGGACUGAGGUGUGGGGAUGAGGUUCACUGCGCAUGGGAAGUUAAAUUCCCUUUUCUCUGACUUGUAGCUUGGAGAAGGAUGAAGGAUGUGCCCAGGUUAGCGAUUCAGAACUACUUCCAAAAGAAAAAAAAAAAGGUUUUCUGCAUUACCCCUAACCUUCCUCCCUCUCUGCAUCUACAGAACAACAGUUGACUCGGUCAGCUGCGACUAUAUUGCAAAGCUGUGAAAAAAUAUUCCAUUAGGCAGACUUGGUUUUAGGGUCUGUGAAUAUAAAAAUAUGGUACUUUUCAUAAGGGCUUUUAAGGCAACGGCCCCACUGCCGGUAGUUUGAGCUGAGGCGAUGCGGUGCCCCAUCAGUCCGUGGGCUGAGCGGCCGCCCCGCGCGCGGAGCGGUGGUGGCAAUGCCACCGAAAGCGUAGGAGGAGCAGAGCAGCGGUCCCCGCUCGGUCGUGCACAGUCAGGUAGACUUAAGACGGGUUUCUCUCCACACCUUUGCUGAUAUAUAUAUAUAUUUUUUAAGAAAUAAAACGUAGAUGCUGCUUGGAAGCUUUA